AAUCGGGAGUAUUAUCAUCUAUAUAUUGCUCAUAUACCACCAUAUCCACUGUCACCAUCACAUCACAGUCCGUCUAUCAUCUGCAAUCAAACUUACAACCAAUCCUCCAACAACAGCAAGAUGAAGCUCAUCUCCCUCACCACAUUCGUGGCCAUGGUGGCCAUGGUGGCUGCUAUUCCGAUUGCAGUUCCGGACGAGACUGCUCUUGCGGAGAGAGACCGCAGGGAGGCGAUGGCGUAUACGCCGCUUGUUGGUCUUGAUGCUAGAGAUACGACUAAGGAGAAGGUUGAUAAGCGUGACACUACGAAGGAAAAGGUGGAUAAGAGGGAUACCAGCAAGGAGAAGGUCGACAAGAGAGAUACGACUAAGGAGAAAGUUGAUAAAAGAGACACCACGAAGGAAAAGGUAGACAAGCGCGACACGACCAAAGAGAAAGUGGAUAAGAGAGAUACCACGAAAGAAAAGGUCGACAAGAGAGAGACUACCAAGGAAAAGGUUGACUAGAUGUCGAAUAUCUGAAGCUCCUGGUAUUUCGUGUACCGUUUAGGAAGACAAUCUAUCUUGUCGGAUGGCAGUUUUAGUUGCGUUGCAGUAUUAGCUAGGAUGGAGAUUUAUGAGAAUUGAAUGUGGUUUGGAGAGUAUAUUUCAUCUGUACAGAAGUAGA